AUGUUGCAGCGCCUUUCGUUGCUACGAAACGGCGAACUAAAGGAUAUCCUUCAGCGAUGCGGGUGGCCUGUUUCCGGCACAAAGACCGUAAUGGCUAUGGAGAUACAGGCUCGAUCUCACCGAUCCAGACUAGCGACUUAUCAAAGGUCGAGACCAGGCAUGCUAGAACCAGCGGAAAAACAACUGGAUGAGCAUCGGAUAUUGAGCAUUGAUAUGGGGAUCAAAAACAUGGCCUUGUGCCUACUUAGAGUCUCCCAACAGGAGAUUUUCUCCAGUGAACCAGUCACCCCGGAGAUACUCACUUGGCAAAAGUUCUCUCUUUACGACCACCAUCUCAACCACGGCCAUGAGAAUGGUCCGAAUAGCGGCACCCAAGAUAUGGAUUUUGCCUCCGUCUCGUUAGCGCCGCUUGCCACGGCUUUGGCAAGGCAACUUAUUACGACUCAUAAACCCACCAUCAUAGCGAUUGAAAAACAGAGAUACCGGACCAUGGGAUCGGCUGCGGUACAAGAGUGGACACUCAGGGUGAACAAAUUGGAAGCGAUGCUUCACGCUACAUUGAGAGUACUGCAAGAAGAGGGCAUUUGGGAACAAGGCGCGACUCACAGUAUCUGCCCCCAAAAAACAACCGGAUACUGGCUAGGUCGGUACGGUUUAACCGAUGGCGCUAGGAAAGGGACAGUCACAAAACCCUUGAAAGUCAAACUGGUCAAAUCAUGGCUUGAAAACGGGCAUAAUGUAGUAUACAAGAAGAGCAACUUCCUUGCCGCAGACACUGCAUCUCUCUUCUCUAAAGUGUCCAGUCAAGCCAAGACAAGAACAGGAGAAAAACUAGAUGAUCUUGCGGACUGUUUGUUACAAGGCCUCGCACUUAUACAUUGGGAAAUAAGCAGACUUAAACUACUCGAGGGCUGGGAAUAA